CUGAUAGAUCUCUACUCUCAAAUAACCUGAUAGAGAGACACGUGUCACUUGUACAAUAUACGGCCCCUCCGUAAACAGAUAACAUGCGCAUGGGUAACCCCAUCUUUUUGCGUCUUAAAACCACCCACUGGCCACUCCCCAAUUUUCAGUACCUAGCAAACUAGAGAAGGAAAAAAAAAAUAGAAAAAUAAAAUGGUAUAGAUGUCAUCAUCAGUCGUCGGCGAGGAGGCCCCGCACCGGUCGGAGAUGAGCGAUGCGGAGCCUACAACGCCGAGGGUGCUAGCGGUUCUGUCUUUCAUGCUCGAGAGAUUGGUCGCCCGGAACGACCGCCUCGUUGUAGAUUGUGGCCAAAACCAGUUCGAGGGCUUGAGUCCGUCCAGAAGGGGACUGAACGUGUUCCAUGGAAUACGGGCGCCAAGCAUUAGUAUACCAAAGUACCUGGAGAGGAUAUACAAGUACACCAACUGUAGCCCUUCCUGCUUCGUUGUCGGAUACGUUUACAUAGAUAGGCUCCUGCACAAGUACCCUGACUCUCUCGUUAUCUCCCUCAACGUUCAUAGAUUGCUGGUUACGAGCGUCAUGGUUGCAUCGAAGGUGCUCGAUGACGUGCAUUACAAUAAUGCAUUUUAUGCUCGUGUUGGUGGUGUGAGUAAUGCUGAGUUGAACCGGCUUGAACUGGAGUUGCUGUUCCUGUUGGAUUUUAGUGUUAUAGUUACCUCGCGGAUCUUCGAGACUUAUUGCUUUCAUUUGGAAAAAGAGAUGAUUUGGUCUGCUAUUGGUCAGAAAAUCGAGAGGGUAAUUGUCUCUAGUUCUGUUGAUGAUGAGACAGAAAUCUCUGUUGAGGAUACUGCAAAGAGUUCUUCACCUUCUCAAACCAUUGGUUAAUGUUCCUCUUCAUAAUUAAUCUCCUACUUGCUUAAUAGUUGUAAAGUUUUCUGAUUGGCUAGUUUUAUUCUAGUUUCUCUCUUCAUCUUACAAGGUUUUAUAGCAUAUAUUUCCAUC